CUGGGCCUGACACUGACAGUGAGUACUUCCCACCAUUGGGAGAAACUAGGUACUGCCACAUGCUACUUGUCGGUCAUCUAUCAUAUAUCAUCGACUGCAGCCGCAAUUCAGACAACGGGUCCUAUUCCUGCGUCUGACAAGGCUCAUGAGUAGGAAUCAGGCAGAGUUCACCGUCUCUCUUCAUUCCAGUUAGGAUUCAUGGCGUUCGUUCGAGACACCACAAUUGGUGCACUGGAAAUUGGCGUGCUCGUUGCAACGUUCCUCUUCGGCGUAACUUGCGCGCAGGUUCUUCGGUAUUUUCGAGACUCUACAAAAGAUCCCAGAUGGGUGAAGAUACUGAAUAUCUUGACCGUCACUCUAUCAAGGUCGCCGCUGUCUGGUUUUUGGACCUUUCACACGCAGUCGCUUCAUGCCACUAUCUAUACACAACUACAAUAUCUCAAUAUGGGCAUCCCGAGUUGCUUCUCGUACCGCCGUUGUCAUUUGACUUCAUCAUACUCAUUAAUGGUUUAAUUGGUGCUUUGGAAGAGACCUGGUUUAUUCGCCGCUUGUACACCUUCUCCAAGAAUGUAUGGAUCUCCGGGCUCUGUGGGGUUCUUGCGUUCGCUCGAUUUUCAUUCACGAUGACGAUCACAAUCAUAAGCUUUCAACUCCUUCCACUUCCCGUUUUCAUUGAAAAUUGGUGGUGGCUUACUGCAGGAACGGUGAUAAUCGGCGCAAUAACUGAUGUUUCUAUUGUAUCGUCUCUCUGCCACUAUCUCUGGCGUUGGAGACGAGCGGAAUGUCGAAGAAUCACCAAACUUAUCGACCGCGUCAUUCUCUGUGCCAUUGAAACGAGCUUCUUUACGAGCCUCGUCGCUGUCCUUCUCCUUGUCUGUUUUUUGACUAUGCCUACGAACUUCAUUUGGAUCGGAAUCUACAUGCUGCUUCCACGAGUUUUCGCCAACUCGUUGCUUUUCUCAUUGAACUUUCGUGAAUCGCUAUCUCAAGCGUUCGGUGCAACACUCUCUAAUCCGGAGGCAGGAUUGACGAGACGCAAUUCAUUAUACGGGAUCGAUUCUCAGCCAGUUGUCAUGAAUGACAUCUGGUGACUCUUUCACGCAUUCAGUGCAUGUCCCGAUGUCGACGUUACCGGGUCGAUAAAUGAAAUCAAAAUCAAUCGAUUGGCCGCGGUGUGUUUUGGGGCCAGGGACGCCACCGAAUCCUGUAAACGAUUGAAGAACGCAUGGAACUCUUUUGGGGGUUAACGCCGUGUACAGUACUAGUGGUGUGCGAUCGGACAACUGUAGAUUCCCGCCUUUUAUGAUGUUGUGCGAUGUAAUAGUUCAUUACAACCGAUCUGUGUCCGAA